UCGGUAGUUUUAGGGGGCUCAUCUGUGAAUUGGUAGGCAUAUCAAAAAUCGGUAGGAAUACAGAUAAAUCGGUAUUUCUGGUCACUCUGUGCGCAGCUGAAACUGCAACAACAACAAGAAAAACAACAAUCAAAACACACACACGCGAAGGAGGUGCAUUGCUUGUGAAAUUAAUAUUUAUCAUCGAUCGUACAGAAUGGGCGGCUGGGCGUUGGAAAUCGGAAAAAUGGCCCUCUACAUGACCUUCCCGGUGGCAAUGUUCCACUGGUUCAAUCAGCCGGAAUAUUUCGAGAAGUGGGUGACCGAUACGAGACGGCAGCUGUACCCACCGGAAAACCCACAGCACCGGGCUGAGAUCGAGAAGUGCAUCCGCAACGUACGGGACCGCCACGAUCAGGAGCUGCUGAAGGCACUGGAAGAGAUGGAGAAUAAGGAAAAGAAAUAAUCGACUGUGCCGCUGCAAUCAUUCUUCGCAAUGUAUAUAAUCUGUUUUUCGUUAGAAUAAAAUUAAAGCUAGUAGUCGCUAUGAUGUUGAGCUCAA